AGUGCCUUACAAUAGCAAGAGACAGGCUUAUAGGAAAAAUUCUGCUCAACUUGUAAGCCGUUUUCAGCCUCAGCCUGCCUCAACCAGCCCAAAGCAGUGUGGGAAGUGUGGCAAAACCCCUACACAUGUAUGGACUGAAUGCCCAGCAAAAGAUGCUGAAUGUAGAAAAUGUCAAAAGAGGGGACACUUUGCAUCUGUGUGCAGAUCAGCUCAAAACCUAGAAUCCAUUGAGGAGGAUUAUGUGGCUGCUUAUUUGGGAGCUGUUGACUAUCCACAGUCGUCUACAUGGACUGAAAUGCUUACCAUAAAUGGUGGCCCGAUGUGCUUUAAAGUGGACACGGGGGCAUCUGUGACUGCUAUCCCAGAAACAGAAUACACGCAGGAGAAAUAUGGCAGCUACACAGUGACACGCAGACCUCUGCUGGGCCCCGCCAGUCAACCUCUGGAUGUCAAAGGGAAAGUGCAUGCUGUCAUUCAGAGAGGCGACAGAAAGAUUGAGGAGGAGGUGUUCAUUGUGAAAGACCUGACCACACCCUUAUUGGGCCUGCCAGCCAUUCGCAGACUGCAGAUGAUUCCUCAGCUCCAUAGCAUAGACAAUGCAGAGACGCACUUCCGCUCAACCUACGCAGAUGUCUUUACAGGGCUAGGUAAACUUAAAGGUGAAUAUAAAAUUAAGCUGAAAGACAAUGCACCACCCUAUGCCCUCUCUGCCCCACGACGUGUAGCCAUCCCACUCCGGGCCAAAGUUAAAGAGGAACUAGACCGGAUGGAGAAAAUGGAGGUCAUAGCCCGUGUUGAAGAACCAACUGAAUGGUGCGCAGGCAUGGUCCCUAUUGUGAAAACAUCGGGGAAACUACGCAUUUGUGUAGAUUUAACCCAUUUGAACGAGAGCGUCAUCAGAGAGAGACACAUCUUACCGGCAGUGGACGAGACGCUGGCCAAGCUGGAAGGAGCCAGAGUCUUCACAAAGCUUGAUGCAACAUCAGGCUUUUGGCAAGUACCGCUCCAUCAAGACUCAAUGCUGUUGACCACGUUCAUCACACCAGAGGGCCGAUAUUACUUCAAGAGGUUACCUUUUGGUAUAUCAUCGGCCCCUGAGCACUUUCAAAAGAGGAUUUCCCAGCUGAUUGAUGGCAUUGACGGAGUGCUAUGUCAUGCUGAUGAUGUCCUCAUCACAGGAAAGGACCGGGCAGAACACGACGAUAGGCUGCACAGGGUGCUACAGAAAUUCAGAGAGUCUGGGCUCACUCUGAAUGAAAAAUGCCAGUUCGCACUGACAGAAGUCCGUUUUCUGGGCCAUGUCAUAAACUCCCAGGGCAUCAGAGCAGACCCGGAUAAGAUAAAGGCGAUCCGUGACAUGCCUGAACCGAAGGAUGUGGCAGAUGUUCGCCGUUUCAUGGGCAUGGUGAACUUUGUAGGGAAAUUCUCACCACGCCUGCCUGACUUGACAAAGCCCAUCCGCGAUCUGUUGAAGACAGAGAACAGCUGGACAUGGGGAGCACCCCAACAGAAAGCGUUCCUGGACACUAAGAAAGAAUUAGGGUCAGAGACGGUGUUAGCCCAAUACAGCCCAAACCAUGAAACCAUGGUGUCAGCGGAUGCCUCUUCGUAUGGACUAGGAGGUGUCUUAACACAAAAACAGCUAGGUGGUGAGUGGAGACCUGUCGUCUUCAUUUCAAGAAGUUUGACUAAAGCCGAGUCAAGAUAUGCCCAAAUAGAAAAAGAGGCUUUAGCUACGACCUGGGCAUGUGAGCGCCUGCGCGGAUACUUGAGCGGCCUAGAUUUCACUAUAAGAACAGAUCACAAGCCACUCAUAACGCUCCUGAAGUCCAGAGCACUGGAUGAUCUUCCGCCGAGGAUUAUCAGAUUCAGAUUAAGGCUGCUCAGAUUCAAUUUCAACAUCAUCCAUGUCCCAGGUAAAAACCUGAUAACAGCUGAUGCUCUGUCCAGAGCGCCUCUUCCAGCCACAGCCACGGAGGCGGAGCAAGACCUGGAAAAGGAAUGCAAAGCUUACUUGGACAGUGUAGUAGAAAGCCUGCCAGCCACACCGACAAAGCUGGAACAAAUUAAGAGCGCACAAACCUCUGACAACACCUGCAAACGUCUCAGUCGACACAUUGCAAACGGCUGGCCUGAACACAGACGAGAUAUGCAUGAGCUGCUGUUGCCCUACUGGCCUGAAAGGUCAGUCCUGCAUGAAGGAGGAGGACUGCUCAUGAAAGGUGAGAGACUCAUCAUCCCUGAACACAUGAGACCUGACAUCCUACAGAGACUUCACCAGGGACAUCAGGGUAUCAACAAAUGCCUAGCUAGGGCUAGAGAAUCUGUCUGGUGGCCAGGCAUCACGUCUGCUGUAAAGCAGAUGGUCGAGAGAUGUGAGAUUUGUGCACGUGAAGCUCAAACACCUGUCGAGCCUCUGCUCACGACUGACCUCCCAAGCAGACCAUGGCAGAGGGUCGCAGCAGAUCUUUUCCAAUGGCAGAAUGGGAACUAUCUAGUCAUGAUAGACUACUUCUCUCGCUAUAUUGAGGUUUGCACCCUACCUGGAGGCACAACAGCUAAACAGACUAUUGCACGAUUUAAAGCUGUGUUUGCUAGGUAUGGAUGCCCAGAAGUGCUAGUCACGGACAACGGUCCUCAGUUUUCCUGUCAUGAAUUCUCUCAGUUUGCAAGAGAUUAUGACUUUACACAUGUGACAAGCAGCCCCCGUUAUCCCCGCAGCAAUGGGGAGGCUGAACGGGCCGUCAGAACUGUUAAGUCUCUCUGUGUGGAUCAGACCCACACGCACCAGAGGGACAUACGAGGUGGAGACCCCGGAUGGAGGACGGCUGCGACGCAACCGUUCACACCUCAGGGAAGUACCAGUGCCCCCAACAUCAGGUGACAUGUCAAUGACUAGGUCAGGGAGACUGUCUAGGGCUCCUGAAAGACUGGACCUUUGAACACUAAACACACACCUACACACUACGGAGGACAGAAAAGAUGUUAAAGCAAAAGAAAAGUCAUAAUGUUCAGUUUAAAAAGUGAAAUGUUUAGUCGAAAAGCUAUGUUCUGAUUUAAUGCAUCUAGUGAGUAAUCUCAUACAAUAGCUACAGUAAAGUAUAAUUUCUUCUGUUAGUUUCUCAGUUUAGACUUUUAAGUUUUAAUAAGGAUUUGAGUGAACUCCAGAAAUUAUAAGAUAAGUUAGGAAACCGGAAAGUAGCCAUAUUGUUGAAUGCACUUUGUCAUCUUGAGGUUCUGACAAAGCAGUUAAACAUUCAUCUAAAAGGGGGAGAUGUAGUGGCCGGCUAUGGCCAGGUGAUGGCGCACUGAUGUAUGAUGUUAUGAUAUACGUGUGAGAUGAAGUAUAAUUAAAGUUGUCGAGUUGCAUCCUGAUGGUUGUGUCCUUGAGUACCGAGUAUAUAGGCACAAUACACACAUCUAUUUACUCUCCCUGUUUCCCCUUGAGAGCACCUAUCCAUUGUUAUUCUCUUAUUCUCCCUUUAGUGUUAGCAUAGUGUUAUUCUCUUAUUCUCCCUUUAGUGUUAGCAUAGUGUUAUUCUCUUAUUCUCCCUUUAGUGUUAGCAUAGUGUUAUUCUCUUAUUCCUUCUUUAGUGUUGGCAUAGUGUUAUUCUUACUCCCUCUUUAGUGUUGGCAUAGUGUUAUUCUUACUCCCUCUUUAGUGUUGGCAUAGUGUUA